GUCUGUUUCAAGUUACUCUAAAUACAGAGAAGAAAUUAAAACAGACAACCCAGUUGCUAAGAACCAUCAUUGCCAGCCUGUAAACCUUGCGCAACUGUCCACCGGGAUGUCCCAGCCCAACCACACCCCUCAUUCCCCCGUUUGAUCCAGUCCCGCCUUCCGUUCACCCCCAUUGGUUGGAGUGCUACCCAAGCCCUCAGUCCUCCAAGACCGCCCCUAGGUCCUCCAGCACCGCCUCCUAAGGUCAUCCAGCCCCGCCCCUCAAUAACUUGUAUUAUGUGGAAGAAUGGGCCCUCCCGCCGCGCCUCCUGCCUUUCUAUUGGUCUAGGGUCAACGUCAAUCACCCGUGCCCCAUCGCGCACGAGCUGGAGCAUGCGGAGUAUCCGGAGCGCGGUCUGAGUCGGACGGAGCCGUUUACUUCAGUUUUGUCAUCACGUGAUGCAGGGGAUUAGAGGAGGAGAGCGUACAACAGGAAAUUCAAACCAAACAUCAAGUCAAGAUAUGACACAGUCACUCUAUUCAUCUGCAGCUGAACAUCAUUAGCCUCCGAAUGUGGAAGGAUUUCUGCUUGAGGGGAAUGGUUUCAAUCAUCUCUGGUUGGGUCAGCACAGAGAGAGAGAGAGAGAGAGACACAAGCACACAUGAGGGUUCCAGUACACUUUAACCAAUUUCACAGACUGAUAAACAUCUGACCAUUUCUAGUGGAAAUGGUAUGUGUGUUCUCUGUGUGGAUGAGGAUUCAACCGAUUGUCCAACUUGGGAAGACACAAGGAUACUGGCACAAUGAAGAAACCAUGGAAAUGUGGGGAGUGUGGGAAGGGAUUCAGAUUCCCGUCCUGGCUGGAAACUCAUCAACGCACUCACACUGGGGCUGACACCAUUGAGAAACCAUGGAAAUGUGGCGACUGUGGGAAGGGAUUCAAUUACCCAUCCCAGCUGGAAAUUCAUCGGCGCCGACACACAGGAGAGAGGCCGUUAUCAUGUUCAAAGUGUGGAAAGGGAUUCAUUGAUUUAUCCAGCUUACAAAUACACCAGAGAACUCACACUGGUGAGAAACCACUUAUCUGUUCCAAGUGUGGGAAAGGAUUUGCUCAUUUAUCUAGUUUACAUGUUCACCAGAGAAUUCAUACCGGGGAGAAACCAUUCAUCUGCUCGGAGUGUGGGAAGGGAUUUGCUCAGUCAUCCAACCUGUAUAAACACCGAAGAACUCAUACAGGGGAGAAACCAUUCACCUGCUCUGACUGUGGCCGGGGAUUCACUCAGUUAUCCAGCUUACAGAAACACCAGAGAAUUCACACUGGGGAGAAACCAUUCACCUGCCCUGAGUGUGGGAAGAGAUUCACUCAGUUAUCCAGCUUGCAUUCACACCAGAAAACGCACACUCGUGAGAAACUGUUCACUUGCUCCAAGUGUGGGAAGGGUUUCACUCAGUCAUCUGCCCUGCUGACGCAUGAGAGAGUUCACACUCACGAGAGACCUUUUCAAUGUCCAGAUUGCGGGAAGUGCUAUAAGAGUUCAGGGGAACUGAUGUCCCACCAAAUUCUUCACACUGAUGAGAGACCAUUUAGGUGCUCUCACUGCGGAACUGGGUUCAGGCGAUCAACUCACCUCACUGUACACCAACGUAUUCAUACAGGGGAGAGGCCGUUUACCUGCUCCAGGUGUGGGAAGGGAUUCACUCAGUCAUCUGCUCUGUUGAGGCACAAGCAAACACACACCAUGGAGAAACCUUGGAAAUGUGAUGAUUGUGGGAAGGGAUUUAAUUAUCCUUCCCAGCUGGAUGUACACCGACGCAGUCACACUGGGGAGAAACCAUGGAAAUGUGGGGACUGUGGGAAGGGAUUCAAUUACCCGUCCCAGCUGGAAAUUCAUCAGCGCAGUCACACAGGGGAGAAACCGUGGAAAUGUGGGGACUGUGGGAAGGGAUUCAAUUGCCCGUCCCAACUGGAAACACAUCGACGCAGCCACACUGGGGAGAGACCGUUUUCCUGCUCUGAGUGUGGGAAGGGAUUCACUAAAUUAUCCAAUCUCACUGUCCACCAGCGUGUUCACACUGGGGAGAGGCCUUUCACCUGUUCUGUGUGCGGGAAGGGAUUUGCGCUGUUAGCCAGCCUGCAGGGUCACCAACGCGUUCACACUGGAGAGAAGCCAUUUAGCUGCACUUCCUGUGGGAAGAGUUUCAGGUAUUCGUCUACGCUCAUUGAACACCAGCGAGUUCACACUGGUGAGCGUCUCUUCACUUGUACCGAAUGUGGGAAGGGAUUUACUCAGUCGUCCACCCUACUGAGGCACCAGCAGGUUCACGUUGGGGAGAGGCCAUUCACCUGCUCCGAAUGCGGGAAGGGAUUCACUCAGUUAUCCCACCUGCUGACCCACCAGCGCAUUCACACCAAUGAGAAACCGUUCAUCUGCACUCAUUGUGGAAGGAGUUUCAGACAUUCAGGCAGCCUCACUUCACACCAGCGAGUUCACACCGGGGAGAGGCCCUUCAGCUGCUCCGAGUGCGGGAAAUCAUUCACUGAGUUGUCCAGCCUCAUUUCUCACCAGCGGCUUCACACAGGGGAGAGGCCGUUCAACUGCUCGGAGUGUGGGAGGGGAUUCACUCAGUUAUCCCACCUGCUGUCGCACCAGCGGGUCCACACUGGGGAAAAGCCCUUCAUUUGUGCUCACUGUGGAAAGUGUUUCCGGCAUUCGGGUAGCCUCACUGAACACCAGCGCUUGCACACAGGGGAGCGGUCGUUCACUCCUCACAAACGUGGGAAAGAAUUUACUCAGCCGACGAACCUGUUAGCACUCCAGUGAGCACACAAGUGCUACUGUCAAGUCCUGCUGCUACUGCGACUGUAAUCACAUACAGGGAUGAACCAUGUUGAUUCCUUUUGCAUUGGGCAGUUUGUUUUGUGCCGAUGUUAAUAAUCUCUAUAACUGGGCUGCAUUUCAACAUCCUGGAUCAGUUGCUGAUUGUGCUUCUGAGUCUGCAGAGUCCCUCUAAGAAUUGCUGUCUGUGACCUUUCCCCAUAAUUUGUGAGCUCACAUCAGAGGUUAGUUUUGCACACUGUCAUUGAGUCAUUACUUCAAUCUUAAACAGACUUUGCUUCAAAAUCCUUCAAUUUUGUGUCUAAAAGGUUCCCUUUCUCAUUAGAAAGAGCUGAUUGAUGAAUCUUUCCUGUCAAUUCUUACUGACCUGCACAUUCCACACAGAAGCACCUUUACUAUCCAGCGUGAAGAGAGGGAAUGGGAAUUGUUGGGGAAUUGAGAGUCUGCAAAUGGUUUCCUCCCAUCUCAGAAAUCUCUUUGACACUGGAAUAGAGACACGUGGAAUCGAUGUAACAGUCUGAGAAAUCACUGUCUAAUAAAUUUGUAAAGUCUGAGGAGACUCCUGCAAUAUUAUAGAGAUAGGUCACUCUAUCAUAUGUGUAAAGCUUCCACAGGUCUGUUAUCAAUGCCAGGACCUGAACAAGACAUAUCUGACUCUGCAAUUGGAUCUCAUAACCUAUGUGUGAAUGAACUGUCCAAAGAUUAAGACUGCUCCUUGAGAUGCAAACCAUCACUAUUGGACUGGAAAGACAUUCUGAAUUUGAUGUGAACUAGCUUUGGCCUAAAUCCCACUUUCUGACUCGUGCUAAGAGACACUACCACCAGCUACAGAGACCAGCUGUCCCUCUGCAUCUCUUGGAUCAGUAAACUGUUCUCACCUGUUUUUCCUGCCUCUUUAUCACAUGCAUCUUUGAAAUGUUGCUUCUUAAUUAACAACUUUAGAAUCACGUUUCUUCAUGACAAUUUUUUCGGAUAAUCUCAGAGUCCAGGAUUGAAAGCUUUACUUUCUGCAGUUCUGGUGGAUAUAUUAUACAAAAGAUACAGAGGCACUGGAGAGGGAGCAGAGAAGAUUUGCAAUGAUACCAGAAAUGUGUGGUUUAGAGAGCAGUCGGGCUGAGUCUCUAAUCAUGAGAACAGAAGGCUGAGACGGUGACUUCAUCACAGACCUUAAAAAUUAGGCUGCAUUUGCUGAUACCCAAUAGCAUGUGUGUUAUUCCCUACAUGCUGUGAGCCUGUGUAUAAUUCCCUGCACACUGUGAAUGUGCAUGUGCAGUUGCCCGACAGCUCAGUUUCUGUCUUAAAAUUAUGAAAGGUUUUGAUUGACUGGAUACAGAGAGAAUCUUUCCCAUUGUGAGAAGGAGCAUCAAUAUAAGAUAAUUGUCAAUAAAUCCAAUACAGAAUUCAGAGAAAAGAAAACUUCUUUUACUCAAAGUGUGGUGAGAAUGUGGAACUGGCUUCUAAAACAGGGAGUGUUUAAUGUAAACGAUAUAAAUGUGUUCGCAGGGAAUCUAGACAAGCAGAGGAGGGUGAAGGAAGGAGAGAGUUACAGUGACUGAUUUGGAUGAACGAUGGGAGCCGUAAAAACAGAAAUUGCUAGAAAAACUCAGCAGGUCUGUGGAGAGAAAUCAGAGUUAACGUUUCAGGUCAAAUGACUCUUCCUCAGUAGAUGGGAGCGGGUUCAUUUGGAGCCUUAACACUGACCUGGUUGUGUUAAAUUUCAGUGGCAUUCAUCUGGUCUAAUUAGCCCCUGAAGUUUCUGCUUCUAUUUUUUCAGUCUCUGUCACCUCUGACACCUUAUUCCUGGACUGUCUAGGCAGUAGAAAUAAUUGAUUUUUCUUUAAACCCCGUUCCCCUGCAUGUUUUUGAUUCUGCUGCUACUGUAAGUCACAUCCAGAACUGAACCAUUCGCACAGCUGGUGUCUAUGUCCACCCCUGUUUAUGAUUUCUGUAAGCAGGCUAAUAUCUUGGCAUUGUUAAAUAAAUCAGGUUAUUUCAAA